UUUCAAAAUUGACACGCAACAAAAUGCUCAUUUUAAUGUAAACUUUGAUAAGUAGUGUUAGUUUAUGUUCAAACGCAAUGAUAAAUAAAAUCGUAAGGAUGAGAAUUACACGUGGCGAAUGGAUUAACAACGAUAACUUUCCCAUUUCUAUUGCUUGUGAAGAUAAUUUCCCGCUUUUACUUAUCCUGUCUUCCUAGAAAACGGAUGCCGGACACGUGGUGGAAAAUGUCAGAAUGCACCAAACCACGACACCAAAAUUCCAGUCACCACCAUCCCUUCUGCCGCCUAGCGGCUUCCGCAUGAACGCUCCGCUACACUCCCCUCCCCUCCCCUCUGCCACUCUGACACGCUCAACGCCGUUGCAACACCAUUGCAACACCGUUUAAUUAUUAUUAUUAAACCCACUGCUUUUUAUGCUGUCGGUGAAAGGUCGAAGCGGCUAUUGCCAUUGCUUAACGAAGAAGCUUUUUUAAUUAGGAGAGAAUAAAAUAAAAUAAAAAAAACACUUUCUUGAGUUUGUUGUUUUCUCUUUGUUUGGAUCAAAUUCAAAUUUAAAUUCAAAUUUCCUCUCUCUCAAAUGAUAGAUUUUCCUUUUAUUUUUAUGCUUCUAAGAUCUUAACAUAAAAAUGCUGCAAAAAGAAGCUUCUUCAAGACCUCGAAGCUCCGCUUAUCUCAACGCGCUCUCACAAGAAAUAGAGAAGAGGCUUCACCGGGCAUUAGCGUCUUCAUCUGAGAGCCGCAACUUAUUACAAGAAUUAUUUGCAGAUAUAGCUUUGGAAGUCGAUGAUCGAGCCAAAGAUAUAAUUCGAAGUAAAGAAGAAGUAAUAUCUCCUUCAGAGUACGGUAUUAAUGGCCGAUUAUGCUUUUAUGAUGUUCUUGCUGAUUAUUAUGUUCAAGUGCCUGAGAGUGGAAAGCCUAUCCUUGAUUUGAUUGUUCAACUGUGGAGCCAGCUAUUUGCAUCUCACAUUUUCGCCCUUUUAUUCCACAAAUGUGGCGCAACAAAUGUUUUCUGGAUUGAUGUCCAAUCAAAUACAAGGCCUUUCCAAUCUCUCUUUCAGUACCUUCUCGAUGAAGUUGCAUUGGACUCAACACGGUUAAAUAAAAUUCCAUUACAGAUAUGUAACAUGGAGUUCUGGAUCUUUGUAUAUUUACGGUUUUGUCAUCUCCAAUUUGUAAUUUUCAGGCCCAGCGAGAUCUUUACCUUUUACUUUCAAGUCGAAAAACUAGAAAGCUUCUUGAAGCAGUGUCCCGAAUUUCCAAAUGCUUUCCUGGUCGUUGGACCUGCAGAUAUACUUGUUAUUGAACUAGCAGACCAGCUUCAAAAAUUAAAAGUGGAGCCAGUCCUACUCCAUUAUCUUUCGCAAAUUAAGGUUCUCCAGGGGAUGGAACUGAGCAUGGCCACGAGUACGAGAUUAAAGACCUGUUUGUAUAGCUUUACCUCUCCUGGUGGUCCAAUGUAUCCUACAAGAGCUGUGCGUUAUGCAGCUUGGGAGGCCUUAGAUUUGCUUUUUCCUGUUGGACGUUACCCUCGACAUCUUAUAAGUUUGUUCUUUAGACUAUUAUAUCCCUGGUAUUGGCCAUCUUCGUGUUGGAACUUUAUAGUGUCUUGCAUAAAGGCUGUGUUUUAUUUCUUGUUGACGUUGAUCUUUUCUCGUCGGGGGAAAAGCUUAGAGAGCCAAAAAGGGCCUAACCAUCGCUCCCAAAGAAGAUCCGGGUAAUAAUUUAUGCGCAUUGAACUUUAUAUGAUUACUUGUAUUAUAAUAUGUUUUCUUUAACCUCUUUUUUUUUUCUUCUGUGGGCUGAUGUACCUGUUGGCCAUCUGCUAAGUGCAACAAUCAUUUGUGAUAGAGAAAGGUCUCAUUACUUCUUUGAUACGUUAACAUGCAUGAAUCUAGGCAUUAGACACCCACAGAUAAGAAGAAGCCGUUAGGUACUGGUGAAUUAGGGAAAGAGAUCGUAAUUCCAAAAUCAGAUAUGCCUUAAAUCCUAGACCAAGUUACUUGCCCAAGACCAAAUGCCUGAAUGUGCUUGGAAUUUUUAAACCUAAACCCAAUAAUGGAUCAAGAUUAUUAUUUUCUAAAAGAUCUGAUAAAUAUUUUUUUAAAAUUUGAUUUUAGAAACUUAUUUUUCAAAAACUAACUAGUAAUUUAACUUAAAUUCUAAUUUUAAAGUCACGGGAACUCGUUUAUCAAAGGCAGACUUAUAAAGCAAGGCCCAAACCUAGACCAUGGGUUGACGUAUGAAAGGUGAGACUUGGAUCUCAGAUGUUUGGGUCUAGCCCAAAUCCGAUCAUAUUGGCGGUUUAUUCUUAAGUCAUGGGCUGACCUUAGUAGGCCCAAGCUCAGCUCUAUAAUAUUAAGGCUCAUCCCAAAUCUAAACCCCUUGUACCACACUAUAUAUCCAAGACCAUUAACUAGGCCCAACUAAGGCCAGCUUUUACAGAUAAUAAAACAUAAGCCAGGCCGGACCUAGAAGUAAAUUUUGUAGCUUUCAGGACUUAUUCGACUUUCCCUAAUUUAGUGGGCCAGAAUUACAUCGUUUUAAAACAUGAUUAUAAAUAACUUUUCGAACACUAUUAUGUAAAUGAUAUAUUAAUAAACGAUGUAUUGAUACUCGUAAAUUAUUCAAAUUUAAU